AUGCCGGCCGGCGUGGUGGACGUGGCCGCCAAGGGCGUCAGGCUGGAGCGGCACGCGGUUCUGCUGCGGCGCGCGGCGGGGGCCAAGCAGCUCGUGUCGGCGUCGUCGCACCUGCUCUUCCGCGCCACCGUGCUCGCCACGCUCGCGCUCGUCGUCCUCUUCGCCGUGCACUACCCGUCCCUGCUCUCCCACUCCUUCAGCCUCUCCGCGGCGCCCGCCUCCGGCUCCGGCUCCUCCUUGUCCUCGCCGCGGGAGGUGCGGCGCAGCGCCACGCCGCGGCGGGACGGGGCGCUGUCCGUGCUCGUCACGGGCGCCGCUGGCUUCGUGGGCGCGCACUGCUCGCUGGCGCUCCGGGACCGCGGCGACGGCGUGCUCGGCCUCGACAACUUCAACGCCUACUACGACCCGGCGCUGAAGCGCGCGCGGCAGCGGCUGCUGGCGUCCCGCGGGGUGGUGGUGCUGGACGCCGACAUCAACGACGCCGCGCUGCUGGAGCGGCUCCUGUCCGCGGUGCCCUUCACGCACGUGCUGCACCUCGCGGCGCAGGCGGGCGUCCGCCACGCGAUGCGGGCGCCGCAAGCGUACGUGGCCUCCAACGUCGCGGGCCUCGUCGCGGUCUUCGAGGCCGCCGCCAGGCACGCCGACCCGCAGCCGGCGGUCGUGUGGGCGUCGUCGUCGUCGGUGUACGGGCUCAACACCGAGGCGCCAUUCUCCGAGGACCACCGCACUGAUCGACCCGCGUCGCUGUACGCGGCCACCAAGAAGGCCGGCGAGGCCAUCGCGCACGCGUAUAACCACAUCUACGGGCUCUCCAUCACCGGCCUGCGAUUCUUCACCGUGUACGGGCCAUGGGGCCGCCCUGACAUGGCCUACUUCUCCUUCGCCCGCAGCAUCGUCGCCGGCGAGCCCAUCACGCUGUUCCGCACCUCCGACGGCGCCGACGCGCGCCGCGACUUCACCUACAUUGACGACGUCGUCAGGGGCUGCCUCGGCGCGCUCGACACGGCCGGCAGGAGCACGGGCUCCAAGUCCGGCAAGAAACGGGGCCCCGCGCCGCUCCGCGUGUACAACCUCGGCAACACCUCGCCGGUGCCCGUCACCCGCAUGGUCGCCAUCCUCGAGAAGCUCCUCGGCAAGAAGGCGCACAAGCGCGUCGUCACGAUGCCGACCAACGGCGACGUGCCGUUCACGCACGCCAAUGUCAGCCACGCUGCGCGCGACUUCGGCUACCGCCCCGCCACCUCGCUCGAGGCCGGCCUCCGCCAUUUCGUCGACUGGUUCGUGCGGUACUACAAGGUCGACGUCAGGGGCGGCGGCAAUGUCCUCGCCGGCAAGACCGCCAAGAGGAAAUCUAUGCCCAUGUCGGCAGCAUCGUGA